AUGUUAAAUUUUAAUCAUGCAAACAUCCUUGAAAAAUAUUAUGAUCAACUUGAAAAUAUUUUUGACAAAAGAUAUAUUUUUAAUAUGAAUAUUGAUAGUGAGGAAGAGCCACUAAACUUUAUCUUGACAAAGAAUUGUCUGAUAAAGACUGGAGAAAAUAAGUAUAAUGUUAGCUUUUGUACUCAGGCUUAUUUAAAAUGCCGGGAACUUCUUUAUAUUUCUCAUGAUUGGUUUUAUGAAAAGUGGAAAGAAAAUUCAAAAAUUAGAAUUUUACAUUUAUGUGAAGCACCAGGAGCUUUUGUUUAUGCUAUACAUGAUUUUUAUGAAAUAUGUGAUAUUAAGAAGUGUAAUCCAUAUUUUGAAUGGAAAAUGAAUAGUUUGAAUCCUUUUAUUAAAGAAAAUGAAUUAAAUUCAUUCAAAGAUGAAGCUGGUUUGAUGAGUAAAUUUAGUGAAAAUAUGUUUUAUGGUAGUAACAACACGGGAAAUAUUUUGAACUUUACAUCAAAUGAUAUUCAAAAUUUAAUUCAAAAUGAAUGUCAGGACAAACAAGAAUUAAAUGUUUUACCAUUAAUUGAAAAAGAAAUACUAAUUGCUCUUGAAACUUUAAAUAUAGGAGGUUUAUUUAUUGUCAAAAUGUAUACAUUUUUUGAGAAUGAAACACAACUACUAGUGAUAAAACUUUGUCAGAUGUUUGAAAAAAUCCAAGUUGUAAAACCUAGUUGUUCUAAAGCAAGUAACUCUGAGGUAUAUCUAAUUUGUCAAAAUUUCUUUGAUGAAAAAAGAUUUAUAAAAAAAGAGAAAAUUAUUUCAAAUAUUGCAAGGUGUUGUGAAAUUUUUGCAAAUUAUCAAAUGAAUGCUAUUCAGAUAAAUAUGGAUGCAUAUGAUAGCAAUUUACUUGAAUCAUACUUUGCAAAAUCAGCUAUAAAUUCAAUAAAAUCAGAAGCAAUAAAUCAGUACUGUCAAAAGAUAAUGAUACCUAUAUCAUUUAAAAAGUAA